AGCCAUGACGGACGCCAGCAACAGGAAAGAGGGCUUCAAAAAAUGCCGGAGUGCCACUUUCAGCAUCGAUGGCUACAGCUUCACCAUCGUUGCAAAUGAAGCCGGAGAUAAGACUGCCAGACCACUUGCCUGCUUCUCCAGGUCUAAGUCGCAGAACUGUCUGUGGAACUCCCUCAUCGACGGUCUCACGGGGAAUGUCAAGGAGAAGCCACGGCCGACGAUUGUCCAUGACCCCCGGCCACCGGAGGAAAUCCUAGCUGAUGAAUUGCCUCAGCUUGAUAGCCCGGAAGCCUUGGUGAAAACGUCCUUCAGGUUACGGUCUUUGGUCAAACAAUUAGAAAGAGGGGAGGCUUCAGUGGUAGAUCUUAAGAAGAAUUUGGAAUAUGCAGCCACAGUGCUUGAAUCUGUAUACAUUGAUGAAACCAGGAGACUCCUGGAUACGGAGGAUGAGCUCAGUGACAUUCAGUCAGAUGCGGUGCCUUCUGAGGUCCGAGACUGGCUGGCCUCCACCUUCACACGGCAGAUGGGGAUGAUACUCAGAAGAAGCGAGGAGAAGCCGCGGUUCAAGAGCAUUGUCCACGCAGUGCAAGCUGGGAUAUUUGUGGAGAGAAUGUAUAGACGAACAUCAAACAUGGUUGGACUGAGCUACCCACCAGCUGUUAUUGAAGCAUUAAAGGAUGUGGACAAGUGGUCCUUUGAUGUCUUUUCCCUCAAUGAAGCCAGCGGGGAUCAUGCACUGAAAUUCAUUUUCUAUGAAUUACUCACACGCUAUGAUCUGAUCAGCCGUUUCAAGAUCCCCAUUUCUGCACUUGUCUCAUUUGUGGAGGCCCUGGAAGUAGGAUACAGCAAGCACAAAAACCCUUACCACAAUUUGAUGCACGCUGCCGACGUUACACAGACUGUGCAUUACCUCCUCUAUAAGACAGGAGUAGCAAACUGGCUGACAGAGCUGGAGAUCUUUGCUAUAAUCUUCUCAGCUGCCAUCCAUGACUAUGAGCACACCGGAACCACCAACAAUUUCCACAUUCAGACCCGGUCUGACCCAGCGAUUCUGUACAAUGAUAGGUCUGUUUUGGAAAAUCACCAUUUAAGUGCAGCCUAUCGCCUUCUACAGGAGGAUGAGGAAAUGAAUAUUUUGAUUAACCUCUCAAAGGAUGACUGGAGGGAGUUUCGGAGCUUGGUAAUUGAGAUGGUGAUGGCUACGGAUAUGUCCUGUCAUUUCCAGCAAAUCAAAGCGAUGAAGACUGCUCUGCAGCAGCCAGAAGCGAUUGAAAAGCCGAAAGCAUUAUCCCUGAUGUUGCACACGGCAGACAUUAGCCAUCCAGCAAAAGCCUGGGAGCUCCACCAUCGCUGGACGAUGUCACUCCUGGAGGAGUUCUUCAGACAGGGUGAUAGAGAAGCAGAGCUGGGGCUACCUUUUUCUCCUCUGUGUGACCGAAAGUCCACCAUGGUUGCCCAGUCACAAGUAGGCUUCAUUGAUUUCAUUGUGGAACCCACCUUCACAGUGCUCACGGACAUGACAGAAAAGAUCUUGAGUCCACUAAUUGAUGAAACCUCUCAAACUGGUGGGACAGGACAGAGGCGUUCAAGUUUGAACAACAUCAGUUCGGCAGAUGCAAAGCGAUCAGGUGUCAAGAGCUCUGGCUCAGAAGGAAGUGCCCCAAUCAACAAUUCAGUCAUCCCUGUUGACUAUAAGAGUUUUAAAGCCACUUGGACUGAGGUGGUGCACGUCAAUCGGGAGAGAUGGAGGGCCAAGGUGCCCAAAGAGGAGAAGGCCAAGAAGGAAGCAGAGGAAAAGGCUCGCCUGGCUGCAGAGGAGAAGCAAAAGGAAAUGGAAGCCAAAAGCCAGGCUCAAGAAGGUGCAUCCGGUAAAGCCGAGAAGAAGGCAUCUGGGGAAGCUAAGAAUCAAGUCAACGGGACAGGAACAAACCAAAGUGACAGCCCUCGUGGGAAAAGUUCCAAAGCUGAGAAGUCAUCAGGAGAAAAGCAACAGAAUGGUGACUUGAAAGAUGGUAAAAAUAAGACAGACAAGAAGGAUCAAUCCAAUGUCAGAAAUGAUUCAAAGAAAACAGAUGGCACAAAGAAGCAUUCUCAUGGCUCACCAGCCCCAAGCACUAGCUCCACUAGUCGCCUUACCUUGCCAGUCAUCAAGCCUCCUCUGCGUCAUUUUAAAUACCCUGCUUAUGCAUCUAGCUCCUACGCACCUUCGGUCCCAAAGAAAACUGAUGAGCAUCCUGCAAGGUACAAGAUGCUGGAUCAGAGGAUCAAAAUGAAAAAGAUUCAGAACAUCUCACAUAACUGGAACAGAAAAUAAAUCAAGGGGAAGAGGGAGUGAAGGAGAGGCCCACCCAUCUGCCUCUGGGCACUAACCAGCCACAGUGGGAUAUGUCUCCAGAAUGAGGCCUUCAGGGCUGGUGCUAUCAUUGUUGACUCCACCAAGGCACGGUGAAGCCUAUAUGUGAGUUUCCCCUUUGCUGUUCUGUUAUAGAGCCAUCAGUCACAGGAUUUGGAAGUCCAUGCAGCCUCUAGCAGCAAACUAGUAAGAGGGUUGUCUCAUGUGGCUUUUAUUGGUAUAGAUUUUUCAGUCUAAAUUGGACCCAAGUUAAAAUGAUGCUACCCGUUCAGAAAAAAAUGAAAUUCUUCCCAUUGACACCUUUUUCAUCCCUGGAAAUUGACUUGUCCC